AUGACGAAGGACGACGAGUAUGAUUAUCUAUUUAAAGUUGUCUUGAUUGGUGAUUCUGGAGUUGGAAAAAGCAACCUUUUAUCAAGAUUUACUAGGAAUGAGUUCAACUUAGAGAGCAAAAGUACCAUUGGAGUAGAAUUUGCUACUAGGAGUAUCCAGGUUGAUGGCAAAACUAUAAAAGCUCAAAUAUGGGAUACUGCCGGUCAGGAACGAUACCGAGCAAUUACUAGUGCAUACUACAGAGGAGCUGUUGGGGCAUUAUUAGUGUAUGACAUUGCCAAACAUCUGACCUAUGAAAAUGUAGAAAGAUGGUUGAAAGAAUUGAGAGAUCAUGCAGAUAAUAAUAUAGUUAUUAUGUUGGUUGGCAACAAAAGUGAUCUUAGGCAUCUACGAGCUGUUCCUACAGAUGAAGCAAAGGCAUUUGCAGAAAAACACAACCUAUCAUUCAUAGAGACAUCAGCUUUAGAUUCAACUAAUGUGGAAGCAGCCUUUCAAAAUAUUCUAACAGAAAUCUACAAAAUAGUUUCACAGAAACAGAUCCGUGAGAGCCCAGAUGAUGAUAACUCAAUCAGCACAAAUGUCCAGACGAUCACUGUUGCUCCAACAGACAAUUCUGCAGGGCGCGUCGGUCUUGACGUGAACGGUGGUCUUUGUCGCCUCUCUCUCUCUCUCUCUCUCUCUCUCUCUCUCUCUCUCUCUCUCUCUCUCUCAGCUUGCUGGUGUUGA